AUGAACGACAUUUACCUCGACUACAACGCCACCACACCCCUCGACCCGAUGGUCGCCGAAGCCAUGUUGCCCUACAUUCACGGGCUCUACGGAAACCCCUCCAGCGGGCACUUCUUCGGACGCGCCGCCCGCGCCGGCGUCGAUCAUGCACGCUCACAGGUGGCCUCCCUCCUGGGCUGUGCCACUGACGAUCUGAUCUUCACCAGCGGCGGCACCGAGGCCAACAACCACGCCAUCAAGGGCGUCGCCUGGGCCAACCGCGGGCGCCGUAACCACAUCAUCACCUCCACCAUCGAGCACCCUGCGGUGACCGAGGUCUGCCGCUGGCUGGAAACCCAAGGGUACCGAGUCUCCUUCGUGCCCGUAGACGAGCACGGCAUGGUCGACCUGCGGCAGGUCGAGGAGGCCAUCAGCCCGGAUACCCUGCUGGUUACCAUCAUGCACGCCAACAACGAGGUCGGCACAAUUCAGCCCAUCGCCGAAAUCGCCGAAAUCGCUCACCGCUACGGCGCACUGAUGCACACUGAUUGCGCCCAGUCCGUCGGCAAGAUCCCGGUGCGCGUCGACGAUCUUGGAGUCGACCUCCUCUCCAUCGCUGGCCACAAGCUGUACGCUCCCAAGGGCAUCGGCGCCCUCUACAUCCGGCCAGGCGUCCGCCUCGAGAAGCUCAUGCACGGCGCCAACCACGAGCAGGACCGCCGCGCUGGCACCGAGAACGUCAUCGAAAUGGCCGGUCUUGGCAAGGCUUGCGAGCUCAUCGAACAGAACCUCGACGAUUACGCCAGGUAUAUGUCCCGCAUGCGUGACCGCUUGGAGCAGGGCCUACUCUCGGCCUCUCCCGACCGCAGAAUCAACGGCCACCCCGAGAAGCGGCUCCCCAACACCUCCAGUGUUGCCUUCCGUGGCCUCGAAGCCGACCGACAUCCUCGCCAGUCUGCCCAGCGUCGCCGCCUCCGCCGGGGCCGCCUGCCACAGCGACCAGGUGGAGGUCUCCCACGUCCUGGCAGCGAUGAACGUACCCAUUGA